CUGAUCGGCGGCAGUCGACUUCGCGCAUCGGUCGGUUGAGGGUGCUCGGAGACAUUGUUUGUGCUUCAGAAAGCCAGGACAGAAAUCGUUUAGAUUUCGGACCUUCCGGAUUCCCUGCAGUCUGUUGUGUAAGAUCUGAUCAUCUAGCAGCUGCUGUAAAAGAAGAAAUUGGUUUUUCGGGCUUCUAACUCGGCACAGGGCGUUGCCAUCUGGUGGUAACGCGCAUGCGCGCGUGCGAAGUCGUCGAAUGCAACUUCCCAGACAGAGAAGUAAAAACCAACGUAAACAGAGCCGCGUGGGAUCGCGAGUUCAAGUUGUGCUGUGGGCUGCCGGCGGGUGCUCGUGUGCCGGGAGUUCGUGAUUGGUAGGAACUGAAAAUAUUUGAUGAGCUGACCAAAGCCCGUAAAAAUGGCAUCUGUGGGAAUCAGUAUCCCUCCUCAAGAUCACAAUCAUGUGACUUCACCAGUGGCGACAAGCAAGCAAGCUUUCAAUGGUCAUGAUGGUGGACGUCGUUUUGAGGCUUUUGCCAGACGGAACAGUGGCCAUGGGGGCCACUCCGAGAGAACCGCCUCCAACCAGCGGCUGAUGCGCAAACGCAGCUGGAGCAUGCACGGCGACUGGCGCGGCCUGAAGCGGCGCAGGAAGGGCAUCGUGCCGCCCACCAAGUUCCUGUUGGGCGGCAACAUCUGCGACCCACUCAACCUGGGCAGUCUGAACGACGAGGAGGCCAACAGGAUCGCCAACGCCAACACGCCCGUGUCGUCGCCCAUGCCGACGCCCAAGUAUCGCAAGGAGCCGAUCGAGGUCAUCAUCCCUCCGGACAUUAGCGACCCGCUCGGCCUCAACGGGCCGGACUCGCUGCUCUCGCCGGCCGCUCAGCGGCGCAAGAGGUGCAAGAGGCGGAGGAAGCAGCUGUCGGGUCACGGCGCCUCCGAGCCGGCCGGGCGCUCUCUCUCGGAGUCGUCUGCGGCGCGCUCGUCCUCUGACGGCGACACGACCGCCCUGCUGACCCCCGUGUCCGCGCCCGUGACCACCGGAGAGCUCAACUUCUCGGCGUGCUCCGCCGCGCCGGCGCCGGCCCCGGCCUCCGCCCCGGCCGCCGAGACUGUGGAGACGGCGCCCGUGGCCUCUGCCGCCGCCGGCGCUCCCGAUGCUGUCCCCACUGAUGCGGUGGACGCCGCUGUCAGACCGAGCAGCCUGUGUGUCUCGGUGGAGCCGGCGCCGAUCCCCAGCAGCACCGCCGCCGUGGCCAGCCCGGUGGCACGGCCGGCGCGGCCCACCACCAGCCGCCGCUCCUCGGACGAGGUGGUGUCCCCGGCGCUGCCGCAGCCCGGCGGCCGGCCGGCCCCGUUCGCCCGCGCCGGCCCCGCGCCGCCAGAGAUGCCCGUAUUCCGGCCGCGUGACGAGGCCUUCCAGUACGGGAACUAUAAUCGGUACUACGGCUACCGUAACCCGGAGCCCGGCCUGGCGGACUCUCGUCUCAGCUGGCUGAAGCGCGAGUGGUUCAGUGGUCUGGACGUGCUGGACGUGGGCUGUAACGUCGGCCACGUCACCCUGACCGUGGCCAGGGACUACCAGCCGCGCCGCUGCGUGGGCGUCGACAUCGACAGCAGCCUCAUCAAGGCGGCUCGCCGGAACGUGAAGCACUACCAGCGAGCGGAUGGCUUUCCGGCCAGCAUGCAGUCGCUGUACGGGGACCUGAGGCCGGCGCACAAGGCGCCAGGCACACAGUUCCCGCGCAACGUCUCCUUCCAGCACGCUAAUUUUGUACUGGAGUCUGACGCUCUCCUGGACACGGUGAAGCCAGAGUUUGACACGGUCCUCUGUCUGAGCAUUACCAAGUGGAUCCACCUCAACUUCGGGGACGCCGGCAUCCGCCGCUUCUUCCGGCGCGCCUUCCUGAGCCUGAGGCCCGGCGGCCGGCUGCUGCUGGAGCCGCAGCCCUGGCCCAGCUACGUCAAAAAGAAGAAACUCACCAAGCGGAUCUGGGAGAACUACCAUCAGAUCCGUCUUCGGCCGGAGAACUUCCCCGACCUGCUGAUCAACGAGAUCGGGUUCGAGCGCUACCAGACGGUCGGCCGGCCGCACCACAGCUCUCACGGCUUCAGCCGACAGCUGCAGCUCUUCACGAAGGCGAAGGAGCCGCCGGCCACCUCGACAGUCACCUCGAUGGAGACAACGGAAGCUGCGCCUCCGGCAGCGACUGUUGCCAUGGAUACCACGGUGACGCCGGCGGAGAAGACGCCAGCCUUGGUUGCCAUGGACACGGACACGGCGUCAGUGCCGCCGUCCGCGGAGAGUGGCGCUGCAGAAGUGGUGUCCGGUCCGAGCGGCCCUUCCAGUGCGUCUGACCACCCCGCUCCGGCGGCGGGGGACGGACCGCAGAGCUGCCCCGCUCCGGCGGCGCAGGGGCGGACUGAGAGCGCGGCGGGAGCUCAGACUGCGGCCGAGUCUCGGUGAAGCGGCGCCUCCGCCGGACGCUCUUUGGUGCUCAUCUGGCUGUACGGAAGGAGAAGUACAAAGCGCCGCGCUGCGAGUGUCGCCGGGUGGCCAGGGAGCGGGAUGAGCUGUGUGCUGGCUCUGUGUGUGUGUCUGAGAGACCGACGGGCCGUGGGGAGGGAUGCGUCGACGGUGCGUGCCGCGAUGAGUGAUGAGGUUUGAGGGGCGGAGGUCGGGCACGAGCCGCGCGGGAGACGCCGGGCCCGGUGCUGCAGACAAUGACUUAGUUGACAAAGUGUUCAACUACAGAAGGUUUGUGCAGGCGUGCGCAGAAAGCUCGGCGCAGAUAAACGUCAAGCCUAUCGCACCUUCAUGGAAGGAACGCGCUUGAAGGCAAACUGUUGGAUGCUUCGGGCCCAAGAGGCUAUGCGCCCUAAUCCAACAACAACCCAUCACACUUAUGGAGGUGACAAUUCAUCUGUCGCCAGCGCUCCAUGGAUUGUGACCGCUCCGACAUUACGUUAUCAGUCUGUUGAUCGUCGUCGGCACUGUCAGUCGUCCGUGCCGACCGUGUGAUCAGUUGACAAAAGGACUCAUUCGCCACAGGAAGUUGCCGAUGAAUCGGCUUUAUCAGCGGUAUACACAGGGGCGGCGUCGACCGCGCGGCUCGUGUCCGGUCACUGAGCUAUCGAAGCCCGCUGGGUGACCUGACCCCUGGCUGUAGCAGCUACGAGCUGUGACCCAAUGAGGGAGGGCUGAGAGCAGGAUGACUGGGACGGAGCGUCGAGUCGGGGGUGAAUAGUCCACGGUGAUGUCGAGUGAUUGUACCGCCAUUGUAAACGAGAGUUGUGAAUGGUAUUAGGGUCUUCUCGUCUCAUUGCUCCAGAGGGAUUUCUACAUAAAUGUUUUUAAAGAAGGAAUGUGGGCAUUGAACCGACCAAUAUGUUGGUCAUCCUGAUGUAUUUAGUAGGCACACUUUGAAUAACUGUGCUGAUUUUUGGAAUCGCUCAUUUGCAUUGCGCCACGCUUUUGUUUCGUGGCUUCCAAAGAGACAAUGGUCGAUGAUCUGAGCACCCUUUCUCGACAAUCAUUGGCUUGUCCUAAAAUCCCUUUUAGCGGCAAUGAGAAGUGAAGCCCCUCGCCUGUCUGCUGAGACCGUGCGUGGCCGGCUGAGUUGGCUCGGCAGCGGAGGCAGGCAGACGCAGCGUCAGGGACGGUACAGUACAGCAAGGGGCGUGAGUGAGCGCAGUAGUGGCCGGUGGUGACAGCUGCUCCUUGGCGGCACGCUACCGGGAUCUCGGGACGUUUUUAGCAUGAGCCGUCGCCUGGAUCUCUUAUUGUUUUGCAGACGUGGCGCCCGCGCAGGCUGUGUGCGGCCGGCGCGUUGUUUUAUCUUACAGUGCUGUGCCGCUGCCGGGCUGUUUCCGGCGCGGGCCGUGUUGGUCCCUCACCGGACCGAUUAGUCUCCGGUCACUGUGGUCCGCCGCCGGACCAGGAGACCGGUGAUGGACUGUGAGCCACCUGUUGACAAUACUGCUCGCAAUAACGCGUGGCGGUGCUAUGCACGCAGCGGGCGGGCCGCCGACCGCCGACCGCUCGGUCCGCAGACUGUGACUGUUUUCUGAUGACUCGCCGCGGUGUCCAAUACACGGCGCUCCAAGCCGACCGAC